AUGGGUGCAUCCCCAUGGAUAAGCCUUAGCAGUAUGAAUAAUAUGAUGCGGCGCAAUGAGGCGCAGAGAGGCUUCUUGUGCCCAUGGACUGAACAACACAACUUUUACUCAUGGCAGCUCUUUACUUCCUGUCUUUACCAGGCCUUUCGGGUAAGGGUGCACCAACGACUCACGGAGGCAGCCUUGCUCGGUAGCUCGAAAAGGCAGGGUGGGAUUGCCGAAAAGAGGGCUAGAUCGUAUCUUCAAGGAAAUACUUCCACAAUGGCAAGACCGUUUCUGGGGGCUAAGGAGCUCUACACCUUUCUUCCGGACGAUAUUGAGAAACUAAGAAUAGGCCCACUAGAGAGCAAACUCUACUCCAUACGAGUUUUCGGUUCAUUCGAAUAUCCCAAGCUCCCUGGCCCAGACUACAUUCGGCUCCUCCACCUAGAGCCCGCCUCUGAUAACCCCUUGGAAUUAAGAGGCUGCCUCAAGGUUCACAGGCUCGACGCGCAGUGCGAAUAUGAAGCUAUCUCAUAUGCUUGGGGCGAUUAUCCCGAGUUCAACAGGGCUCUCUUCUUGGAAAAUCAAGUUUUGAAGAUUACCGGCAAUCUGUAUGCCGCGCUCAUGGCAUAUAGCUACCCUGACCGCACCAGAGUACUAUGGGCGGACGCUGUAUGCAUCAAUCAAGCGGACACAGUCGAGAAGACUCAACAAGUCGCCAUCAUGGCUGAUAUCUUUAGCAAGGCAAAAACAGUGCAAAUCUGGCUCACGCCAGCCUCAGGAUGGGCAAAGGACGCUAUGGACUUUAUGGCAAAUCUCUCAUCGAAGGCAGAGUCUUUUGGGAUAAGUGCUGAAGUUGAUCAGCCUCGAUGGAUCCCGAGCUGGCCUUCUCUCAACAUCACCGACGAAGAAGCGAAAAACCUCAUUCACGAUGCCAUCGAAGCCCACGUCGACUAUCUCCUCUUUCGCUCGUGGUUCAAUAGAGUAUGGGUUGUUCAAGAAGUCACCUUGGCCGUGAAGCUGGUCGUAUCUUGUGGACAUUCCGCCGUGGACUGGACUAAUUUCGCCCGCGCUUUAGAAAUCCUUCGCGGAGCGCUACGGCAAAUCCCGCAAGGAGAAGAGCGAUCGAGGCUAGAAGGCAUCAAGCCAGCUUGGGAACUUGUACGGCACCGGGACGUCUUCAGACUGCUGGAUCAACAUGGUGAUAGGAACCAUCAUCUCAUGACCAACCUUGCCGGGGUGCAGAUGAGUAACAAGGCUUGCUCUGACGAUCGCGACCGGGUCUACGCAAUGCUAGCAAUGACGAGAUCUCCAUACUCUAUGACUCCAGAUUAUGACAAAACCGUAGCCGAAGCUUAUACUAACUUCACCAGGAGGUAUUCUCCAAACACACAAAUUUAUUCGGCGGGACUGUGCCGAAGACAACCCCGCACCAAUUUUGGGGGUGUAGACAUGGACCCCAAGAAUAACCAACGACUGCCGAUUGAUAUCGCAGAUCGCAACUACCUGCCUUCGUGGGUUCCGGAAUUUCGCCCAUCAUUAAACCUUGCAUGGGCUUCGCCAUUUAAUGGAAACUAUUGUACUGCUAAAGGGACCCCGUUCUACUUCCUCCCGCAUCCGGAAAUGCUCAAUGUCAUGUGCGUCACAGGCACCAUCUUCGAUGCUAUUAGCAUAACCAGUUGGGAAUACGACUCGAAAAGCGCACUGAAUUGCGUGUAUGACUCAGGGUUCUACUUUUCGGUUAUCGAUCUUCUGGAGAAAAUUACUUGCUCUUCUCCUGACUUUGUAUUUCAACCCAUUUCAGAACCACCUUGGCUGAUCCUAGCUAAAACCUUGACUUGCGGAACCGGCGAAUGUUAUGGAGCGGAAUUCCCCUUAGUGCGCUACUCUAUGUUCCAGAGUCUCAAUCACCUCGAACAAGGUAGCUUGCCUUGGCUGACUGCAAUCUGGGAUCGCUUCACAGCACAUUGCUUUGCUCCAACCGGAGAAGUAUUUCAACACAUGCUCCUUAAGACACUGGGAGUAGAGCCUAGGCCGCUUUCUACGGACGGCAAAAUUGCAUAUGGGUUCCUUGUCUACUUAGCUAAUACCCUUGUUUACAACCGGUUAUUCAUAACUAUGGAAGGAUAUGUAGGACUUGCUCCAAGGUACAUUCGGGGUGGUGACCUUGUUGCCAUUCUUAAUGGCUGCCAUAUACCAUACGUGGUUCGGCCUGCAUGGGAGGUGAAGUACAAGGAUGAGCUGCUUAAGGGGGCGCUCCAAGUUAUUGGGCCCUGCUAUCUUCACGGAAUCAUGAACGGAGAAAUCCUCACGAACCGGGAUGCGCCCCGGUUCUCGCGGUUGAAAUGGACAAGGCACGACGGUGAUAUGGCUGAUUCUUUAGAAGGAAAUGACUUCAAUGCCUUAUGUACUUGCUUGGCUCUAGAGCUGCAACUUACGUAUUUGAAACUCACAACAAUAUAUCGAACACAUUUUUAG